GGUGUUACGUAACAAUGCCAAUGUUCGCCAAUGCUCAUAUUUCGAGCUUGGUAUGCCUGUGCCAUUCUCAGCUUUUUUGUGGUAUGAAGUAAAGCGUAUGUCGUUUUUAAAGCUUGUAAGGAACUCCAUUGGCGUGAAUAUUAGCUGAAUAAACUGGUGGUAUGAACUAUAGAGAUCCAGAAUGUGGCCACUGUGGACGAGUGAAGCGUACGACUUUGCACGCAGAGGUAACGACGUGUUAACUGUAGAUAAUAGGAAACUAUCGAUCAUGUUCUUGAACGGUUCUUAUAAUUUUUACAACAACUGGUUGACUGGAGUAACGCGUCAAGUAUUUGAGCAUAGUAUUAAAGGAUUUGGAUAAAGCGUUCCAAGCAUGAAAUUAAGAGAGAGAUGUUGUUGUUGCCAUUUGAAGGACCUUGAAGGUGUUUGUUGUUCCUGUAUUUUUGAAGAUUUAAAGUUUUGGUAUUUUUCACCAAACUGCCAAGUUUCAUAGCUUUUGCGAAUAGUACGAAUAUUAAAGUUUAAGUUUUGCGCCCUGGCCUAAAGUAUUAUUUUGUAGCCUGAUGAUCACUGCCGUUAUUCAGCUGGUAACGCAACGUGUUCUUGCGUGACGCCUCUUUCAGGAAAAAUUGAUGAAGAAGAGUGCCUGACAGACAGUGGGGGUAGGACAUCAUCCUUUCCAUCAGACUCAGCACAGGAUAAAUUUGCUAGGGUAAAUAUUUUCUCAAAACAGGACAACUGGUAAUGUCAGCACAGCUUUAUGUCCUUUAUUGGCUUUCAAUUUUUGUUUUUAGAAAAUAAUAAUAAAACAUUUUUUAAAACAAGCUAUAGGUAGGUCUACAAAAGUUUAUUUGCAUCUGGACUAGUAACCAGCAGGUUAUAGAUUCGACUUCUACUGGGAGAACUCGGGCUUUUUUUUUCUGAGCCGCCUACGUCACUAACUGAAAAAUCAUCUUUCUUGUGUACUCACCAGGCUAAAAAUUUACCAUCAUAUCUCUAUCAUUUUGCAUAAGCAUAAAUCAACAUUCUUGUCCCAGCAGUAUGCCAGAUGGUCACACAAGUCUCUUGUAGCUUAGCAAAUGCCAGGUUCAAAUUGACAGCUGUUUUGUUCAGACAUAAUUUAACUGUCGAGGCUAAACCUGCAUUGAAACAGUUAUUUAUAUGAAGUUAUAAACAUUCAGUCUACAUUUGUAUUUUUUACAGGAGCCAUGCCUGGAAGAUAAGGCAAAUUGCUUAUCAAGAAUCACUUUUUGGUGGCUAAACUGGUAACAUUAACUGCAUUGCUUUCUAUCAAUGUAGUUCAAUGAUAUUUAAUCCUUUUGUAGUUUUUGUAGUUCUUCUUUUUGACUCCUUAGAUCUUUAAAUCACCCCCCUCCCCCCCCCCUCCCACAGAAAGUACAUGUACCCUGCAGUGCACUCUAUCUUCUGGGAAAGAAUUUUUUUAUGGCUGUUAUCAUAAAAAAAUUCAAAUGCAUCAAAGGGUAUAUUAUAAACUACUUUAACGACCAGUUACCAGUUGGCUUGCUAACUCAGUUGAUUAGAGGGCUGUACCAGUAUCACACAGGUCAGGCUCUGAGGCUUUCUUUUUGCAAUUGCUUAAGGUGCAUCUUUCAAGGUGACGACCUUCUUUUCAUUUAUAUGGUAUGCAAUAUAUUAGUCAAAAACCACUUCUGAAUUAAUGAGUAAACUGACCUACCUUCCAUACCGGGAGUUUGUGUGGUUUCCAGGGGGACUUUUGGAAGAGUAGGCUUUUUAGAUCAGUUACUGGAUAAAUAGAAAUAUUUCUUAUAAAUAUUUCAUAUACUUCACUUUAUUAGGAUAAUAUAUACUGGUUACAAAAGACCUUUAGAAGAUGAAGACCUGUGGGCUCUAAACAGGAAGAGUAGAGCUGCAACCAUUGUUCCCAAACUUAAGUCCCUUUGGAACCACGAGGAGAAAAAAUGCAUGAGGUACUGAAUAUAAUAUAUAUCAUUAUCAAAUGAAAGUGUGGAUACUUCACAUUUUCUUAGUUUUGUUGUUCAUUUAACUUAACAGUGAUUUAGUGCAAUGAAGCCCCAUCUAAAAGUAGUAGUAAUCUCAGAUUAGGAAGUGUGUUCCAGCUUUUUUAAGUUUACUGUCAAAUGUGAUGUUAUUUCUUAAUAACCUGAUGCUGCCAAACGCUUCCUAUAUGUUUUUUUUUAAAAAAAAAACAAAACAAAAUCAACCGACUAUGAAAAAAAGAGAAAAAAGUAUCACCUGGCAGGAGUCGAACCCGAGACCUUUGAGGUGUAUCCAUUGCGCCAUGCAACCAUUGCUGAGAGCAUAUGUGAAAUUAAUUGCAUUUAACAUUUUUGUGCCCGGCGAGGUAAAUCAUUCAAGAUAGCACAGAAAAUGAAGACGUACGACGAAAUGAGAACCACAGAAGGUCUUCCUUGACUUUCACAGGAAUCCCAAGAUUAUUUGUUGCGUUCUCCUAACGUCGAACGCAAUAAAGAAGCCCAAAAAUUUGCAAGUGUAGGUUUCAGAUGGCUUGGUUUAGUCCCAGAUAGCUACUCGAACGUCAUGGUUUCUUCUUUCUCCAAAAAAAUCAUGCUUUUCACUGUGGAAAGAAAUAAUUUGCAUGUACACUUCACUAACUUGGCAAGAUCGGGACAAAAAACGCCCAAAGUGGAAAACACUCGAAAUAAUAUUCCCCUAGUGUGAAUAGAAAACGACUGAAAUAGGUGUGAUGAAAUAAUCUUAUAUUAGGAAACGUUCUUUAGAAAAUUAUAGGCCAUUGUUGUACCUUAUCGCAGCAGUUCGUGGGGGAAGGAAACUUGGAUUUCUUGACCCAGCCGGCCUCCUUCCUUCGCCUUCUCUCGCUAUUCUUAUUUCGCAGGUAAUUUUUAGCGACAUAGUCCCCCUCCAAGGUUCUUGAAGUCCACGGGUUUUACUUUUGUAAUUGAAGAGAUUUAGAGUCACGUUUACGGCAAAAGGUAAACGCCAGAUUGAAGUUGAGAAAUUCUUAAAAUGGAAACUGGGCAGAUAAAUACAGCCCAAAACAAUUCUUUUGGAUAAAACUGGCGUGAAACUACUAAUAUUUGUGAUGAAAUAAUGAACAGUAAGCGAGAAGUAAAGGGAAAACUUGGUCCAAGGUACAUAUUCAUGUUUGCCGUUUGCCGUAAACGUGAGUCUCUCUAUUGUCUUUACAAGAAAUUGUUUGAAAUGAUCAUGGAAUUCCUCUUUUUUCAGAGAAAAGGAAUUUCGAGUCACUGAAGAACCCUUAGCAUGUAACGAAACUGACUGGUUGCUUGGUGAUGAAAAAAGAAAACAAAGAAUUGAAAAGAACAGGAGAAAACCUUCACUUCUGAAAGUGUUAUUCAAGAUGUUUUCUUCAAACAUUUUCAGAGCAAUAAUAUUUAAACUUUUCCAGGACUUCUUACUAUUUGUACAGCCACAGUUGUUAAGGUACGUUACAGUGACAUGAAAAUUUAGAGUAUGCCGCCAUUUUUGGGAUGGUAUAACACCCUUAUCAUAACUGUAUACUGCAAAAUAUGUUAUGACCUCAAUCAGGACCUCAAUAUAUUAAUUGUCUUAUCCGCGGCUAGAUGGAAAACAAACACGUUUUUUCGAAUUUUGGUUUCAUGAACGUAAAAACUUGUGUCUGUGAAUCAAACCCCUUUAACUAAACAAACUCUUUGGAGGACGACUUCUAAUUUUGCUGCGAUUUGGAAUCUUAAAAACUUUCUAAGAGAAAAGAGUUAAAAAGUUUAUUUUGCAUAUUUUUUGUAGACUGUUAAUUGAAUACGUGGAAGACGAUCACGAUACGGCAGGGAGGUGGAAAGGCUAUGUUUACGCCUGCUCCAUGCUUGUGGCAGCUAUAAUUCAGUCCAUAUUUUUGCACCAAUAUUUUCAUACGAUGUUCACAAUUGGUAUGCGCUUGCGUUCUGCUGUCAUCGGACUGGUGUAUGAAAAGGUUAGUCGUGAAAAGAAGUUUUGAUUUUCUUUCCAGGCAGCACUUGAUUAACAGGAUUCAUCUCGCUAUUAGAAAGACUUCCUCACUGUUAGUCUCUACACCUUCUACUUUCAAGUUUGUUGGGGACAUAACAGUUUUUCGAAAGGGUUCGAAAGGGUUGCAAGACUAUAGAAUCCCCCAGUAGUUUGGUUUGGUGUGUUUCUCACUUAUUACGUUUGAGCCAGCCAGAUGCAUUUUAUGGGAGCCCGGGGUUUCGUUCGUGUCAUUCAUCAUUGAGCAAGUCCUCGUUUGAUAAACCUUAAAAUCAUCAUAAGCGUUUACAGUUUUCUGCUAUAAAUUAGUCUUCCUAGAGUGAGAGACUAAGCACUGAAAUUAACUGAAAUUAGCUAUUCGCUUGUUGCUUUCCAGGCUCUCGUACUGACCAAUGCAUCUCGUGUGAAAUCGACCGCUGGGGAGAUUGUGAACCUGAUGUCAGUGGAUGCGCAAAGACUAAUGGACUCCGUGACGUAUAUAAACAUGUUGUGGUCAGGACCUUUCCAAAUUGCAGUUUCUUUGUACUUCCUACAUCGCACCAUGGGCUGGUCAAUCUAUGCUGGCUUGGGUGUCAUGGUUAUUUUCACACCGAUUAAUUUCUUGAUCGCCAGGAAAGCCAAUAAAUUCCAGGUACUUUUUUGAACAAUGCGGUUAACAUUAUAUUUCCAUUAUUUCGCGCAUAAAGUGUCCCGGUUACAAGCAAUAAGAAAUUACAGGUGAUUUUGUAGCGCAUUAUUUGUGCCGACGACGUUAAUUUGGGACGAUAAACCUCCAGCUAUAAGUAACCUACGUAUACGAGAAGCUUAGAACAGUAGUAUCUUAAACCUCGUUUACAUUAAUGCUUUUUCGUUUGAAAAUGUAAAGUUUACCGUGAAACGGAUGGCUGGACUAGUUUUGAAACUAAACUAAAGCUGAUGUCAAAACUACUCUUGUACUAAAACCAGAUCAAAUCGCUUACACUAUGGAAGCUCUCAGAGGAGAGUCUAUCUACAGGCACGAAAAUGCAUUAGCAUUUACGUUGUUGCGCUGAUGGGUCGGGAACUCAGAAACCGGGUUGGUUUUUGCAAAAUCGACACUGGUUCCUGAAACAAUAACUGGGUGUUUUCUAUUUUCCUACUUGCUUUUAUAGUAAUGGUAUAACCAAUCAUGAUUUUCUUUUUACCAUUCCUCUAAUUAGGCGCAACAGAUGUCAGCAAAAGAUGAUCGAAUCAAAAUCAUAAAUGAAGUCCUUAAUGGAAUAAAGGUUUCAGAGUAUGCCUGGUGUUUUCUGCAGUGUGUUUGAUAUUGUACUAUGAAAUAACCAAUGCAGUUACAAUUUUUUUACCCAGAUCUUGAAGCUUUACGCCUGGGAAGAGUCCUUCUUGAGUAACAUAAACAGUAAACGCGCUAAAGAACUCAGAUAUCUUCUCCUGUCUGGACUCUUGAGAGCCGUACUGACUUUGAUAUUUAAUACGUUGCCUGUUAUGGUAGGUACCAGAGAAUUGUAGCGCUUAACCUGUCAAGUCAAUGCACCAGCAGGGGGAAGAGUAAAAUAAGCUGCAAUAGUUCUAGUAACCGGUCAAUCUCUGACUCGUCUCCAGUCCUCUUUAUUUGGAUCGCACGCGGAGGAAGGAACGCGAAAAGCGUAACUGAAGAAUCGAAGCGCGGUGGGUGAUGGGAUUAGGGUUAACCCUUAAUUAACCGAAACUCUAACCCCUCUUUCCACCUUCACACCAUCCAUCGCGCUCCCAUUGACCGCUCUUUUAUCGCUAAAGAGAGAUGACUGAGGACGAGUCAGGGUCAAUCCCCUUAAUCUACGGUUGACAAGUUCAAUAUAAUGUGGUCUGUAUAGUGUGUAUAGUUUCAGUAUCAGGUUGAUAUCAUCGGAGGAAUUCAACAUUUGAGAGAUAUUGCAACUCGAACUUGAACUCGGGCAUAUUCCCUUGGGACGAGGCUCGUUGUGAGCAUCAGCACUCGGAAAGGGAUCGUUUUUGAACGAGUGGGGCUUAUUUUUGGACAAAAUAACCAAUAUCAAAGGUUUGAAUUUUUUUUGUGUAUAUAAAACGUUUUGAGGUUGGGAAUUUUUUGUUGUAAGUUUUGAUCUGUAAACGAUUUUUUGAUUUUUCUCUUUCCUUUUGCUAUGAUGGUUUUUACCAGUUGGCGGUCGUCAUUAAGCAACAAUGACGGCCACGGCUACAAAAACGUCAUUAAAAAGUAUAUUUACGCUGCUUUAAACCUUAUCUCGCUUGUUCCAUCUCGUUCAAUCCGGCAAAUAAUGGCGAAUUUUUCUGGAGCUGAAUUCUAAAGGAGUGUAUCGAAUUUCAGAAAAAGAAAAAGAAAAUUGUUGUCUUGUGUUCGCGUCCUCCACAAAACGUGAAAAUAGGAAGUUUCACGUUGUAGUCUGGCAACGACGGCAAAGAAAUGUACAAAACACUUGAUACACGUGCAAAGUUCUUUUUUUGCCUUCUACCGUUCUCGUUGCCGUCGCCUUUCUCGUUGCUUAAGCUCCCUAACAUUUGUUUUAGGUGGCUGUGACAACAUUUGCAGUUUAUGUUCUAUGUGGUAAUGACUUAACAGCCUCCAAGGCUUUUGUGGCUUUGUCGCUGUUUGGAAUCAUNAACCCUUAAUUAACCGAAACUCUAACCCCUCUUUCCACCUUCACACCAUCCAUCGCGCUCCCAUUGACCGCUCUUUUAUCGCUAAAGAGAGAUGACUGAGGACGAGUCAGGGUCAAUCCCCUUAAUCUACGGUUGACAAGUUCAAUAUAAUGUGGUCUGUAUAGUGUGUAUAGUUUCAGUAUCAGGUUGAUAUCAUCGGAGGAAUUCAACAUUUGAGAGAUAUUGCAACUCGAACUUGAACUCGGGCAUAUUCCCUUGGGACGAGGCUCGUUGUGAGCAUCAGCACUCGGAAAGGGAUCGUUUUUGAACGAGUGGGGCUUAUUUUUGGACAAAAUAACCAAUAUCAAAGGUUUGAAUUUUUUUUGUGUAUAUAAAACGUUUUGAGGUUGGGAAUUUUUUGUUGUAAGUUUUGAUCUGUAAACGAUUUUUUGAUUUUUCUCUUUCCUUUUGCUAUAAUGGUUUUUACCAGUUGGCGGUCGUCAUUAAGCAACAAUGACGGCCACGGCUACAAAAACGUCAUUAAAAAGUAUAUUUACGCUGCUUUAAAUCUCAUCGCGCUUGUUCCAUCUCGUUCAAUUUGGCAAAUAAUGGCGAAUUUUUCUGGAGCUGAAUUCUAAAGGAGCGUGGUAUCGAAGUUCAGAAAAAGAAAAAGAAAAUUGUUGUCUUGUGUUCGCGUCCUCCACAAAACGUGAAAAUAGGAAGUUUCACGUUGUAGUCUGGCAACGACGGCAAAGAAAUGUACAAAACACGUGAUACACGUGCAAAGUUCUUUUUUUGCCUUCUACCGUUCUCGUUGCCGUCGCCGUUGUCGUUGCUUAAGCUCCCUAACAUUUGUUUUAGGUGGCUGUGACAACAUUUGCAGUUUAUGUUCUAUGUGGUAAUGACUUAACAGCCUCCAAGGCUUUUGUGGCUUUGUCGCUGUUUGGAAUCAUGUCAUUUCCUCUAAGAAACUUUCCAACUGUAAUUGCAACCUGUGUGCAGGUGAGGCUUUAAAUUUGAAUUAGUGACCAUUGUAAGCUAGUUAAUUUGGUGCAGAGGUUUACGUUUUGGUUGGUUUAUUACAUUAAGGCCAUAAACGCAAACAUUGUACCUUCAAGUAACUAUUAGAUAGGAAAAACAUCUAAAAAAAGUCUUAUCGACGAACGAACCACGAACGGUGGCCUGGAAAUGGGCCCAAUUAUGUCAUCUCAGUAGAAACUAUUAGCAAACAGCCAAGGCGAAUUAUAUUAUCUUUAUUUUUCAGAGGUAGAAUAUUAUAAAUAUAUACGUAUACCGGCGUAUUUUCAACUCAACUAUCAUUUACUGGUUUUCUUUAUUAAGGCUCGAGUAUCAGUCAAGCGCUUGGAAGAGUUCCUGGGUUUAAAGGAGCUGGAUCCAAACUGUGUCCAGAGGAUACCUUGUAAGAGACGACAUCGUAGCGUACACUUCGACUUUGAGAUUACUUUACUGAUUUGAUCCGUCUUUGGUCUGUGACUUUAUUUUUAACUUUUUGUAGACUGGCAGCAGUCUCUCUUGAACAAAUUUUUUUUUAUUGCUUAUUCAAACUAAUGACGUUCGUCAUUAAGAUUUCAUAAAAUUAAUGAGGUUUUAUACUCUCACACUUCAUAGGCAACGUGCUUAAUGCGAGCACGGUUUGUGUCAGAGAUGGCGUAUUUGGCUGGAAUAAGAACGACACUCCAAUACUGCGCAGGUUAGAACAGAAUAGUAUAAAGGUACCCUUUUCUUUUCUUUUUUUUUUGUUCCCCUUUUUUCGACUGUUCUUUUAGUUUGUUAACUGUUUAUUUCGUGUCGAUGUUGAGGCUGUUUUUCUUUUUACAUGCAACACGUUUGUUUGUUUUGCAUUUCAGCGUUUCCUUUUUUUGCUGAAAAUUUGAUUUUUUUUUAAUCGCAGCAUAAAUUUAAAUAUUCCAAGUGGUUCACUGGUAGCAGUGGUUGGUCAAGUUGGUUGUGGUAAAUCUACCCUGCUAUCUUCACUUCUCGGAGAAACCGAGAAACUGCGUGGUAGCGUACAUGUGGGGGUGAGUGAGUGCUAGGAAUCCGCUUGUUUAUUCAAGUCUGUAAUAAGCAGAUUUCUUUUGUGAACGAGGAAAGAAUCAAAAUCAGUUAACUAUUUUAGUAUCCCCUAUAACACACUCUGUUGGCCUCCUCCUUCAAAUUUCGCUUGAGUUAUUGCGUUGAAUUGCUCUUGAGAACGUACUGUCAUCCCAGGGGCGUUUGAAAAUGUUGGGAGGGGGUUGGGGUUGGUGGGGGCUAGCAAAGCGUACUAUGAGGGAUUCGAAAAUCGAGAAUGAAGUGGUGCGGAACAUACUUCCGUGUGCGUAAGAACAAGUUUACUAGUGAAGUUUUCUGUUUUCUUGUAAUUUUCCAGGGUACAGUGGCUUAUGUGUCGCAGCAGGCCUGGAUCCAGAACGCUACCGUACGAGACAAUAUCCUGUUUAACAGUGCGUACGACUGUGCACGCUAUGAGCACGUGAUUGACUCAUGUUCACUCAAGCCAGAUCUAGAAAUUCUACCCGCGGGUGAUUUAACAGAGAUUGGUGAAAGGGUAAGAAGGGAACUUAUUAAAUAGUUUAGCUGCUUUGGCGAACAAGCAAGAUGAAGGCGCAAAACUUCUGUUCUGAUUAGCUACCCGAGCGGGCAAGAUGAGCCUUUUUCGCCCGCCCUUCCUGCGUUGUUCCCGUAAGGAAAAAGUUCUCUUGAUCAUAUAAUUAUUAACCAUGCUUGUUCGUCCAAGAUGAGUAGGUAUUAGCCCUCUUCUCUCUUUGAUCCAUAAGAACGAAUGAAUAUUCAGCUACCUUGACUCGUUCUUCGCUGUCAGCAGGCGUCUUAACAAUUCCCGCUGGAUACACUAUCGAGAUGACGUAAUACUCGCUUACUUAAAUGCAUACGCAGCAACAGGUUAUUUAUUUUAGUUUUGAGUCUCAUUACAUGACACUGGUUUUUGUUACAUCAACAGGGCAUCAACCUGAGUGGAGGUCAAAAACAGCGUGUCAGCCUGGCAAGAGCGGUUUAUUUUGACGCUGAUAUUUAUUUGCUAGAUGAUCCGCUCAGUGCUGUUGAUGCUCACGUUGGGCGAAAGCUGUUUCGUCACGUGAUCGGAGCCAGUGGAAUUCUCAAGGAGAAGGUCAGUUUGAAAUGAUGGCUGGAAACGUCUUAGGGUUGAUGAAGUCAGUUCCCAUGCCAUUUGUAAUUUGGGAAAUGUUAAAGAAACCGUGCGUUAAAGGCUCUUUUCAACAAUUUAACUCUCCAUUCGUCUUGUUUAUUUGUAGACACGCAUCCUAGUUACGCAUGGUAUCAGCUUUUUGCCUCAAGUCGAUCAUAUCAUCGUUCUUCAUGACGGAAUUGUUUCCGAGGUAACGGAAUCAGUAAAAGACGUAUUUUCCAUCGUCGCUUUUCUCUCUGUUUUUGAGUUAAAUUAACUGUUUACGCAUUCCUUUUCAGGAAGGCACCUACGCUGAGCUAUUGAAAAACUCGGGCGCCUUUGCGGAUUUUCUGCAAACAUACAGUUCCGAAGAAAACAGUGGUUUGUGCUGCUUAUCUGUGCAUAUGUUUUGUAUAACCUUUCUCUAUAAAACGCUUCAGUGGUGGACUCAUACUCUUUGUGACGUCACCCAGUUUUCGUCUUCCGAUAUGUCAAGCAAAUAAUGCUAAUAAUGGAUAAUCCAGAAUCAAAUUUAUGUUUGAGUUCUAUCAAAUGUUUUGCUAGGUAUACUGAACUAUUUUUCUUGGGGUCCAGGAAGUUAAAUCGGUUAUAGAUACAUAUACCUAAGAUAAGUUAAGUCUCCAGUCUAGUGAUUUCAUUCUUUUUCUUAACAGAAACAAAUGCUACCGAAGACAUUGACGAUGAACAGAAAUCUUUCGAGAAAGACACCGGUCCACCUCCCGGAAUAGAAAAGAGAGACAAUACCAACGACGAUGUUGGCAAAACAAUUACAGUGGAAAGAAUGGAGAGAGGACGUGUAAGUUGCCCUUUGCAUCCGCUUUGUAAUAGAUAUGUGGGCAUAUUAUUAUGUAAAGUUCAGUAUUGUAACUUUUUUAAUUCUUAGAUAUUAUAAUUUUCUGUCUCUCUAAUAUCUCUAAAGUAGUUGUAGGGAGAGUUCGGAGCCGAGAAUUUAAUACAAGGCGAACGUCUUAUACAACAGGAGCUUUACUGAUAGAAGUCGUACAAGCUGUGGGUAGGUAGGACUGGGGGUGUAUAAGCGGGCUGAUAGUGGAUUCAAUAAGCGUCUUUUAUUACAUCUCAGCCUGUUUUAAAUUCAGUCUUAAAAAGUGCAUGUGCUGCGCUCGCUGCGCGCUCAUAACAAAAUCUAAUCUGGACUCUUUGUCUUGUCUUCUGAUCAACAGAUAAAGCUUUCCUUAUUGCUGUCCUACAUCAAGUCUACAGGAAUACACUGGUUUUUAUUUUCUCUGUUGUUCUUUACUGUCAUGGAAGCGUGUACAGUUGGCACUGGGAUAUGGCUGGCAUAUUGGAGUUCAGCAAAAAACACAACGCGUGCGCAGAGAGACUUUUACCUCACAGUAUACGGUGGCAUAGGCGGAGGACAAGCGUUAUUUAGUCUAUUAUAUUCGCUGAUGUUGUUACUUGGCGCGAUCAGAGCUUCUCGAACACUUCAUCGGAAGCUUAUUGUGAAUAUCUUGCGAUUGCCUAUGACAUUCUUUGACGUUACACCGCUUGGAAGAAUAAUGAAUCGGAUUUCAAAAGACAUAUAUGGGAUUGAUGUCACAAUCCCUAACUCACUUCGUUCGUUUUUUGCGAUGUUCUUCGAUGUUUUGGGGAUGUUAGUAGCUGUUAGUUAUGCCACACCCAUUUUCCUGGCUGUUUUACCGCCGCUUGGUGCGUUGUACUUCUAUAUUCAGGUAGGUCUAGUAAGUGUAUGCGUUACAAAUCUCAGUUACACCACUUAUAUUGCGUGACAAAUGGAGUAAAGUAAGUGCCGCGAAAUUUAUAUUAGGGGCUGUUUACAUGGAGGUGGGGGACCCCAGGUAGGUGAGGUAAGCCACGAUGAGUCACCACCAGGCACCUAUCAUGUAAACGUGGUUUAAUUAAAAUGAGACAUUAUAUGGACAGGUGGGUAACCUCACCCAAGCGGGUUACAUCACCUACCUGGUGUCCCCAGGGGUCCCCCACUUCCAUGUAAACAGGCCCUUAGAGACGAACAGAGUUUCGUCCACGGUAGAUAAAUCUGCUAAAGGGUAUUAUCCUUGUUUAGCUGCAGAUUUUUUUUUAGGCCUAAUUUGUCUUUUUGCUUAAAGUUGGACGAUGCAAGUGUGUGCCGGAUAAUUUUUUUUAUCUAAAAUUAUUCUAUAUUACCAGUCAAGUCCAAACAGAUAUCGGUUAUAAGAAUUUUUUAAUACUAGCUUUGCAUGCUUUUUCCUCAGAGAGUUUAUGUAGCGACCUCUCGACAACUGCGAAGGAUUGAAUCAGUCAACAGAUCUCCAAUCUACAGUCAUUUUCUAGAAACAAUUAACGGGGCCACCACCAUCCGGGCAUUUUCACAGCAGCAGCGAUUCAUCCGGGAUAAUUAUAGAAAAGUGGAUGAAAACCAGGUGGCUUACUACUUGGGUGUGUCGGCUAACAGGUAAUAAUCAUCCAUUUUGUAGUGAAUCUAGUGGCGAUGUCUGAUGUUUACUGUCUGAUUUGUUUCAAGACAGGUUUGACUCGCAGGUGGUAAUUAGCCCAACAUCGCUUUUUAAAUCCUUUUGAGGCAAUGUUGCACAACAAGUUACACGUGUUUGUUGCCCGUUUCUUGGAAGUGUGAUUAAAUGAGUCCAGUAUUUCUGCAUCUUUGCUCUUAUUAAUAACAGUUCUCGUUAUGUUAUUAAAAUUGUGAUUAGAGAGUAAGGAAGGGCUGACAGUUGUAGACCUCUUAGACUAGGUUGAUCCUAGCGUGGUUUUUUUUUCGGUUUCAUAAUGAUUCCGGCUGAAACACUAUGGUAACGGGUUUCUUUUGCCGUUUACUCCAAAUGCGUGUGUCCGAAAUAAAAACGUCCGGGUUUGGUCGGAGCCUAAUGUGAACAGUUUGUAUCCAAAUGAAUAUUCUUGGAUUAAAUAACGUGUAUGAAUGGAUGCGAAUCAGUAUACCGAAUCAGUAUACCGUAAAUACAAUAUAUCCGGAAAAAUCUGGUUUUACAGUGCGAGCGCUAAAACCGGGACAGGCCAAUAAAAUUCCUAAAUUUGAGCGUUGUUUCCUAAGAGGCCAGGUACGUUCAACGGUUAUUUCAGAGGUUGCACUGUUGAACCUUGAAUUUUAUUGGUCCGUUAGCAACAAAACAUGAUAAUCUUUUGUUUUCAGAAAGUAUUGUGAUUGGACAAUCUUCUCCCAAGUGUCCUGGUUUUAGUGUCCGCACUUUAAGGUUCCUGUGCCGCUUGCUCGUUUUUCUUUGGCCCCACAUUUUCUUUUAUAAAAUUAAUAAAUGAAGUGUUAUUUUUAUUACCCAUAGGUGGCUCUCUCUGCGUUUGGAGUUUAUUGGGAAUUGCUUGAUCUUUUUUGCUGCUUUAUUUGCUGUAAUCAGCAGGGAUAGCAUCGCAGGUGGCCUAGUAGGACUCUCUAUAUNAUCUGGUUUUACAGUGCGAGCGCUAAAACCGGGACAGGCCAAUAAAAUUCCUAAAUUUGAGCGUUGUUUCCUAAGAGGCCAGGUACGUUCAACGGUUAUUUCAGAGGUUGCACUGUUGAACCUUGAAUUUUAUUGGUCCGUUAGCAACAAAACAUGAUAAUCUUUUGUUUUCAGAAAGUAUUGUGAUUGGACAAUCUUCUCCCAAGUGUCCUGGUUUUAGUGUCCGCACUUUAAGGUUCCUGUGCCGCUUGCUCGUUUUUCUUUGGCCCCACAUUUUCUUUUAUAAAAUUAAUAAAUGAAGUGUUAUUUUUAUUACCCAUAGGUGGCUCUCUCUGCGUUUGGAGUUUAUUGGGAAUUGCUUGAUCUUUUUUGCUGCUUUAUUUGCUGUAAUCAGCAGGGAUAGCAUCGCAGGUGGCCUAGUAGGACUCUCUAUAUCAUAUGCGCUGCAGGUAUUCUUUCAGCCAAAGUAACGUAUCCAAUAACUAACUUCUUGGUUAUAGUAAACGAUGCGGUCGUGUUCGUUAAAAACCAUGGCCAUUGGAUUUUCUAAGCCAUUUCUAUUUCAAAUGUCUUUUUCUUUUUUGUUCCUCAGUCCUACUUCUGCCAAUACUUACAUAGAAUCAGACAGUCUGUGUUUUCCCUACAGUCUAUCGUUCAAUGGCUUUUUUUCAAUAAAAGUUCAUUUGAAAUUGAACCAUAUUUUUUCAUGUUUUCCAUCCAUGUCCUUGCUUCCUGAUUUUGCCAUAUACUUGCCUUUUUUGUAAGUGAUAGCCGUUUUGUACAGUUUCUAAGUAGGGUUAUGGUUUCACAAGCAGGAAACCCACAACAAGACGUUUUCUAUUCGCAGAUCACUAACAAAUUGAACUGGAUGAUUCGCAUGACAAGUGAACUAGAAACCAAUUUGGUGUCGGUGGAAAGAGUCAGAGAAUAUUCUGAGACACAAACAGAGGUAAUACACCAACGAGGAUAUCAGUCUUAUUUUACAUUACAUAAGUCGCUUUCAACCAUCGUGGCCUUGGUUCCCAUUCGAGUCACUGUUUUCACCAUAUUUUGCACUUUUUCAGGCCGAAAGGAUAAUUCCCGAAAGUCGGCCUUCACGUGACUGGCCUGAACAGGGCGUGGUAAAGUUUGAUAAUUUUCAGUUGAGGUACAGAGAUGGUCUUCCUUUGGUGUUAAAAGGGAUAAGUGUCAUCAUCAAGCCAGCUGAAAAGGUAUAUCAUCCAAUGCUAGAAAUACCCACUAUAUUUUCCUUUUGUUUUCGCACGACAACAUGCUGGAGCUUUUUGUUUGAUUUCGACACCAAACUGAAGAAUAACUUUACAAAUAACCGUUAAAAAUAGCUACAUUUUUUUUCGGCUUUCUCCGUUUGGGAUUUUUAACUUUUUAUCCUUAUUUGUCAUGGAUGAACGUCUUUGUUUUAGUCGCUUUCUCGGCUGCACUUAUGUUCUCCUACAAACACUGCCAAAGGAAAUUCAUGAGGUCUUACUAGCUAUCUAUUUCGGGUUACAGAUUGGUAUUGUGGGUCGCACAGGAGCAGGCAAGUCUUCACUUACUUUGGCUUUGUUCCGUAUUCUGGAGAGAGCUGGAGGAAAGAUUGUAAUUGACGGGAUAGACAUCUCUACGAUUGGACUUCAGGAUCUGCGAUCACGACUCACGAUCAUUCCACAGGUAAUGACAUAGAACCAUUAUACAAUAUUCUUAACCCUUCGUUAACUGUGAGUGUUAAAUGUGCAUGAUCUACUUGACACUGACUUGACUGAAUACGAACGCACGGCCGACUUCAUGAAGAACUUUUCUUCUUCGUCCAAUCACGCUCCACUCUCUCAAUUUUGUGUUAUUCACAGGAACCUGUUCUUUUUUCUGGAACACUUCGUGUGAACUUGGAUCCGUUUAAUAAACACUCAGAUGAAGAGCUGUGGAAUGCACUAGAAGUUAGUCACCUGAGAAAAUUUGUUUGCGGAUUAAAUGGAGGUUUACAACACACAAUAGCAGAAGGAGGAGAAAACCUGAGGUAUUAAAGCUACCUUUAUCUCUUUAAUUUUUUUUGAGCUUUUCAAAGAAAACCAUCACGACUACCAAAGCCACACAAAUCACUCAAAAAUUCUCACUAUCAAAGAUGCUUCAUGAAGUAGUCUCUCCUAAACGGUCUCAGUAGUUUUCAUCAGAUGUGUCUUUGAUGUUUCUAAGUAUAAUAAUCCACGCAAUGGACAAAAUCGUUUUGUUACCGCUCUUGAACUUUAUCAGCAAUGAAAAGUUUAUUAUAACCCCUCAGCAACAUUUGAUGAGCCACUUUGGUUGAUUUAUUCUAGCGUUGGUCAGCGGCAGUUGGUAUGUUUAGCACGUGCGUUGCUUCGUAGAAGUAAAAUCCUUGUUCUUGAUGAAGCCACAGCGGCGGUGGACCUGGAAACUGAUGAACUUAUUCAACAAACGAUUCGGCGAGAGUUUGCUGACCGCACGGUGCUCACUAUUGCUCACAGGCUCAACACCAUCAUGGAUUACGAUCGGUAAGUCACUGCUUUUAGUCUGGGCCCUGCUGUGGUCCAGAUAAAAAGACUGGAGAUUUUUAAAGACAUCUUGCUUUAAAGUAGGCCAAAAAAAACCACCCUUUUUGUGGGAAUCAGCUAUACGCUCUCUAGGUCUCUUUCCAUGAAGGCGCUUACGAAUAUCCCGGCAUCAAGGCGAAAGUUUACGAGAGAAGUAGCUUUAUUUGUUGGCUGUGCGAUUUCGGGGCAAGAACCUUUUCUCAUUGCAAGAAAUAGAACUAGUGAAUAUAUUUUAUGUUGCUUGGAUAGACAGACAUUCGCAAAGCCAACAAUCUCUGUGGGGAUAACAAGAUUCGAUGAGAAAUGGACAUUUUGUUUUCAAUGAUGCGCUUUUUCCACAGUUGAAUUCAUUGCUGAAAAGUAAACAGAUCGCGAUAAGUAUUCUGACAGCAAGGAACUCUUACUUACAGCUUGUUUUUAUAUCUUUUUCAGGGUAUUGGUGCUAGACAACGGUUUAAUUAUGGAAUUCGGCUCACCCUCUAAACUCCUAGAUCUGAAAGGUUAUUUUUACUCCAUGGCCUGCGACGCAAGAGUUAAUGUAAUGUCAAUCAAUUCAGAUAGUUGACAAGAGAUGUUUUUUUGUGGGAGGAAAAUUAAGUUUCUUCUCCAGCUAUUUAUUUGUUUAUAAACACUAAAGAAUUAAAAGAAAGGCUCCACAAACCAACGACGUGUGAGAGAUAGAAAGUAAAACGCUUUGCGCGUGCGCUUUCACCGAACACUCUCGAAAGCCCCGAAAUGAAUUGCGGUAGCCGGAUCAGCUUCCAAAGUUGUCUAUUUAUAACCUCUUGUUAGGAAAACUAC